GAUCAAGAGUCGUGAAGAUAGGAUGUGAUGCGAAAUCAUUUGUUUUCUCUGAAAAUUGCUAUGCAAUGAUGUGCAACAACGCAGAAAGGAGGCUCUUGACGUGUGGUAUAUUGAACAUGCGGCACUGUAUUGCCUCCAACAGCGUUGUCGAGACGAUUCAUGAGAAAACUACGCCAAUAGUCUGCGGUCCACCUACACGAUUAGGAAAGUCUCUCCCCGCAACAAAACACGCCCCUCGUCCUUCUGUCAGCUCACCCACAGGUCUCCGCCACGCUGGCUCGCCUGCUUCGCCUGCAUCUGAUUCUCGCCGUUCGCAGUCUUCCGAGCCCAGUACGGGGUCAAAAGACAGUGCGCAGAGCCACAGACGUGGUCUUCCGGAACAUCAUGGGCUUCCGGAACAUCCUGGGCUUGCGCGAACAUGCGCCAUUAGAACACUGCAUCACCUUUGGUCGAAGCGGUCGUCACGGUCACGAAUCCCUGGCCAUUUGUCCAAUGAAAUUGACGGAGAGGCUGGACAAGCGUCGAAGGGAGUGUAAUCUCCACCCGAUUAUCAACUUUACGUGAGGUAAGCUUGGCCCCGUUCUUUGCCACAAAGUUCAGGACUUGAACGGAGGACGGAACCUUCGCCAAUGCGAAGAUGACACCAGCGGCAGCCAAUGUUCCAUGACCGCAUAUAACAACCUCUGUCACGGUUGUGAACCAUCGAACACGAUACGACCGCGAAAGAUUCUCGGUGUCUUGCACGUCGGACGGCAGGAUGAACGUUGUCAUCGGAAUACGAUGGCUGCGGGGUUGCCACCGAAUGGAUCACUAGUGAAGGCAUUGGCGAGGACAAAAGGCACAGCUUUAGGUGUUUCGACGACCAUGAUAGGAGAGGAUUGAUAACUCGUCUCGAUCAUCUGUACGAGUCUUUAUUUAGACUCAUACCAAGAUACCGAGUCAAUAUAUCUUCAUGGGCUAA